AAACGACGUCACGCACAACCGACCAAUCGCAUCACCACACUGACAGCUGUUACCGUUUCCGGUGACGUCGUCCUCCCUCUUCCGACUCUCUCAGCGUGUCCGUCGUUUCGUGUCUCUGAGACUUAAAAAUGCGUUACGUGGCCGCUUACCUCCUGGCUGCCCUCGGCGGCGCCGCCAGCCCAUCCGCCAAGGACAUCAAGGCCAUCCUGAGCAGCGUCGGCAUCGAGGCCGACGAUGAGCGUCUCAACAAGGUGGUGAGUGAAAUGAACGGGAAAGACAUCAACGAAGUGAUGAACUCCGGUCUCUCCAAGUUGGCCUCCGUGCCAGCAGGUGGUGCUGUCGCAGCGCCUUCUGCUGCCGGUGGUGCGGCUGUUGCUGCCGCCGGAGCGGCGCCUGCUGCUGCUGCGGAAGAGAAAAAGGAGGAGAAGAAGGACGAAUCCGAAGAGUCGGACGACGAUAUGGGAUUCGGACUCUUUGAUUAACUCGCCUUCUCUGAAUUUGAAAAAGCAAUAAAAAUGUAAAAGUUUACAUAA